CAAAUAGACGAAUCUGGUUUGCGUGUUCUUGGUGAGCGCGGGGUGACGGGAGAACAGAAGCGGAUUGUAGCGCAGCAGACACGCACAAGUGUUGUAUUUGUUUCUAUAUUACCGGGAGGAUCUUAUAUUUUAACAGAAAUGUCAGACGAGAAGCCAAAGGAAGGUGUGAAGACUGAAAAUGAUCAUAUUAACUUGAAAGUGGCCGGGCAAGAUGGCUCUGUGGUCCAGUUUAAAAUCAAGAGGCACACACCCCUCAGCAAACUGAUGAAAGCCUACUGUGAAAGACAGGGUUUGUCUAUUCGGCAAAUAAGAUUCAGGUUUGAUGGCCAGCCAAUCAAUGAGACCGAUACACCUUCACAGCUGGAAAUGGAAGAUGAAGACACGAUUGAUGUAUUCCAACAGCAGACAGGAGGAAUCUGUUAAAGAUUGUGGUCAUGUGCAUAAAGCUUGUGCUCUUCAUGUCAUUUCUAUUGAAGUUUAGGGAUGAAACUUAAAAGGUUUUGGAAGUAUAAUCUAUUUAAGUUAAUUGAUUUUCUUUUCCUCUUUAAAACAUCAGUGACCUUAUUUCUAUUUCCAGUGUUUUUCCCUGAACUGAAGUGGAAAUGUCAAUUGGUAUUUUUUCCUUUGUUUAUUGUAUGCCUGUUAUACACGAUUUUUUGUAUUAUGUAUGUAUGUGCGCGCCUCCAUCUACACUUUUAUACUAGGUGGAAUGAUUUGAGUAUGGUUCUGCAAGUUUUCAUCGAUCAAUUGCAGUAAAGCACAUCUUUUUAAUAGACAUUUCCAGGUCUUAGCAUUGUGUUAGUCAUGCACCUCAGGUCUGAUGAAGCUAGAUUGUGGAUCUUGUCCUGUAGAUGUUAUUUUUAAGUACAAAAUCUCAGAAGCUAUCUUAAGUCUUUUGUUAAACAAUUUGAAGUAAAAUCUCAGAACGUAUAUAGAAAUGUAAGUGUUCCCCUCAUUUUUAUCAACUGCUAUUUUGCCAAAACAUUGUAAUCUCAUUUUCAAUCUUGUAUUAAAACACUUUUGGUGCAAUCUUAAUGCAGUUCCACAGUAAACGCAUGCCAAACCAGUGUGUAGAUCUUCUGUUAGGAUUGAGGGAAAGGUUUUUUAAGGAGAGCAGACUGUCCUUUCUCCUCACAAUCUCUCUGAUUUGUACAUUGUUUGCCCUUUACUACUGUAUAUAAUAAAUAUAGUUUGAUACUCGGUCUGA